ACCCAACUUCUCUCUCUCUCUCUGCCCGUUUCUCUUUCUCUCUCUCAAUUCUCUUCCCCGAAUUCUCGUCAAUCCGUCCGGCCCCAGCAGGUUUCUGCCCGCCGAUUCGCGCUCCACCGUCGCCGGAUCGUCCCGCCGCUGCGACAUUCUGCCGGGGGCCGCCGGUGAGAGCUCGGGCAGUGACGGGCAUCGCGCUGGGGAGUGAUUCGCUGAUCGCGCUGGUUGCUGGGGCGGGAGUCGUGUUUUUUCCGCGGUUUCCGUGCCGCACAUGGCGGGAUUGCCGUGAAAUUGGAGCCGGGUUUUCUCGAGGGUGGGUGGUUUUUUAGGUUGGGGAAGAUGAGGGAAGGUUUGAGAUCAGGGAAGUCGCUGGCGAAACCGGAGGGAGAUGGCCUUUUGUCCGGGGAAGUGCUUGUUCGGAAGGAGCUGGUUGACGUGGUGCCGAAAGGCGAUGACUUGGGUGGUGGGGAAGCGCCGGCUUUGGCGUCGGACAAUGCGGAGGCAUGUGAGGAGUCGCUGGUCCCAUCGGAAGAUGGAGCCAUUUUGAGCGACAAGGUAGUGGUGUCGGGGAGCGAAUGCGGUGAGGUUGCGUUGACAGGUGAAGGUCCGUGCAACGGUGCAUUGGAGAAUAGCAGGAAAAGGAGUUGGGAGAGUUGGGGAGAAGGGACUCAGUGUGAUGAGCCGAUUAAGAAGAUUGUGAAGGAGGAACCUGUAGACGGUGGAGUGGACUUCGUGGGACGAGUUUUGCGGUCAGGGACUGUUGUUGGUAUUGGUGUUGGAAAAGAAGGUGCAAAGAAAAAGAAGAGAGCUGCCGUGGUUCAGAAAAAGAGAAGAGGAGGUCAUGGGUUUGAGACCGUCAGUGCGCAGGCCGGAGAGGAUGGGGCUUCUGAUUUGGUUGAGCCAUCCUUACAGAAUUUGAAGCGGAAGCGCGGCAGGCCACCUAAGGGGAAGAAAGGAAAGAUGCUUGGAUUGAGAAAAAGUGAAAGGAUUUCAAAAACCAAACAUAGUGUGAAGCAGACUUCGCCUGUCGGUAGUCCAAGCAAAGGUAGGAGGUCAAAUGGGAAUAAAUAUGAGGUAAAGAACAUAUCGCCAUCUAAAAAGGGUAAAUGCGCGGACAUUGAAUGGGGUGAAAAUGUGCUUUUAUCAGGGUCGAGUUCGAAGUCAGUGAAAAGUAGUUACAAUGAGCAGAGUGUGACCAAAGGACUGAAACCAAAAAAAGAUGGAGAAGCAGGACUAACUAGACGUAGACAAAAGAAUUUAGUGAGAGACCGAAUAGUUGAUUUGCUCAUCAGCGCGGGUUGGACAAUUGAUUACAGGCCUAGGCAAAGAAGAAAAUACAACGAUGCUGUUUAUGUGAGCCCUGAUGGAAAAACUCACUGGUCGGUGACCUUGGCUUAUAAUGUUCUUAAAAGGCGUUAUGAGGCUGGUGAUGCUGAAUCUAAGGCUUACAAGGCUGGCUUUGUGUUCUCACCUAUACCAGAGGAAGAACUUAGUAUACUAAACAAGGUAAUGACGAAGAAAAGGAAGGGAAAGAAGGAUAGUAGUAGAACUGAUGGAGCAAUUAAGAAGAAGAAGCACAAAGGAAAAUUUGGAUUUGGUUCAAGUGCAAAUGAAUGGUUCCAAGCGAAAAGUAGAGGAAAAGUUUUCCUAUCUGGAAAGGAAAAAAUGAGUGGGGCAACUCGAAAAGGAACUCCAUUGUUGAAUGGGAAUCGCAAACGACGAAAGACGCAAAACAGAAAGAGAUGUGCUCUGUUGGCCCGCAACUCUGAGGGGACGCAACCAGAUUCUGAAAAUUAUGUUCUUUACAGUGGCAAACGGACUAUAUUGGCAUGGAUGAUCGAUCUGGGCGCUGUCCUAGAUAAAGGAAAGGUCCAGUACCUGCAUCUGGAGAAGACACAAGCAAAGCUUGGGGGUACAAUCACAAGAGAUGGUAUUCAUUGUGACUGCUGUGGUGAGGCGAUCACAGUUUCUGAAUUUGAAGCUCAUGCAGGCAGCAAGCUUGGCCGGCCACUUGAAAACAUAUAUUUGGAGAAUGGAAUGUCUCUGUUGCAGUGCCUGCUGGACUUUUGGAAAAAGCAGGAGAAAUCUGGGCAGAAAUGGUUCCAUUAUAUAGACGUUGAUGGAGAUGAUCCUAAUGAUGACACUUGUGGCAUCUGUGGAGAUGGAGGGAACUUGGUUUGCUGUGAUGGUUGCCCAUCGACAUUUCAUCAAAGCUGUUUAGAUAUACAAAAGUUCCCUUCAGAUGAUUGGCAUUGUUUAUAUUGCUCUUGCAAAUACUGUGGAACAAUUGGUGAGAGUACAAAAGAAAAGUAUGGCGAUGAAGCUACAAUGUUUUCUGCAUUAUUCAAAUGCCAGUUAUGCGAGGAAAAAUAUCACAGCUCAUGUGUACUUGCGGAGGAUGCAGUUGAGGAUGUUGAGAUGUUGUCAUCCUUUUGUGGCAAGAGCUGUCAGAAACUAUAUGAAGAUGUUGGGAUGCCUGGUGUGAAACAUGAACUGGAGGAAGGAUAUUCAUUUACUCUUGUGCAUCGUUCUUUUAUGGACAUAGACAUCUCUUCCACUGAAAUAUCAAGGAAGGUUGAAUGCAGUUCCAAGGUAGCCGUUGCGCUGUCCGUAAUGGAUGAGUGUUUUUUGCCUGUUCCCGACCACAGAAGUGGGGUCGAUAUGAUCCAUAACAUUCUCUACAAUUGUGGGUCAAAUUUCAGUCGGCUAGAUUUUAGUGGCUUCUAUACAAUAAUUUUAGAGAAGGGGGAAGAGAUGAUAGCUGCAGCAUCAAUCAGGAUCCACGGGAAACAAUUAGCAGAGAUGCCAUUUAUUGGGACCCGUUAUAUGUAUCGGCGUCAAGGAAUGUGCCGUCGGCUGCUAAAAGCAAUUGAAUCUGUUUUGGGCUCUUUAAAGGUUCAAAAGUUGGUCAUACCUGCAAUUUCUGAACUCAAGGAAACGUGGACCUCUGUAUUCGGUUUUGAGCCAAUGGACGUGUCACUUAAGAAAAGCUUAAGAAGGAUGAAUAUUUUGGUGUUCCCUGGGGUAGAUAUGUUGCAGAAGCCGUUGUUGAAUCAUCAUAAUGCUGAAGAAAAAGCAGUUUUUCCUAUAGAUCUGAAUGCAACUUGUGAAGAUACUUCUCCUGAUGUGAACACAAUGGAAGGAACAACUUCUCCUGUUAUUAAUGUGAUGGAAGGAACACCGCCGACAGCCCCUUAUGAGCAUGAUAUUAUCAAUGGCGCACCUACUGUUGAUAAAUCUACUUUGCUCUUAGACAGUUCGCUAAAUGAUACAUCUGACAUAACAAGUGACAGUGUUGACUUCUCAUAUUGUUUGGAAGAGAAAAAAGAGUUGGCCCAAUUAGGCGAGUCAGAUGAGUCUCAUGUUACUGCGGAGAGGAAGAAUGUUCCCCCAAACACUGUUCCCUCUGCAUCUGACAAUAAGCACCAUGUUUUGGAGAUUGAUCUCAAUCAGAAUGAAAGAGAAUAUUUGGUGAAUGAUUUGGCCCAUUUAGAUGAGCCUUAUGACUCUGCAGAGAGGAAGAAUGCUGCCGUAAACACACUGCCUUCUGCAACUGAUAAUUUUAUUCAUCUUUUAGAGACUAAUCUCAAUCAGAACGAGAGAAAAGCUUUGGCCCAAUUAGAUGAGCCUUAUGAUACUGCGGACAGGAAGGCUGUUCCCCUGAGUGCUAUGCCUUCUGCAUCUGACAAUUUUACCCAUCUUUCAGAGACUGAUCUCAAUCAUAAUGAAUCUUGCUCUAUCACUAAACGAGCAGACUUUGUGGAUUACUUUGCCCCGGAAGAGCGUGCUCAAAUUGUAGACACUGAUGUUGAUGUUGAUGUUGAUCGCAAAAGUAAUCCCACUGGCGGCUACCCCAUUUCUCACACUGCACAUUCUGAAGAAAGUUCUCGACAUGUCGAUACUGAAAAGCAGGAGUCGGCUUCUGCAAAUGGGUUCAUCUGUUCGGGUGGGACAUUUCAUGAUACGAGGGAUGAAAUGCUGAGUACUGCUGAAUGUCUUUCUUAUUCAGAUGGAAAGAUCCUUUUGGAUGAACUCAAAUCCAGUGAAGGCGUGCAACAAGUGAGCUUUGCACAUUCUGUUGGGUGCACGCCAUCAAAAAGAUCUUGCGAUCAGAUUCUGGAAGUGAUGCAUAGCAGUCCGUCGAAUGGAGUCUGCCCUUCAGCUGACGAGGAGUCGAAGGUUGUUGCAAAUGUUAGCUUCGCAGUUCCACCUGUUGACUGCAACGCUAGUCCUUGUCAAGCUAAUGGAUUGGUUGCAUAUCAAGGAAUGGUUGGCUCUGAUUGCGUCCAUGUCUGGAAUCAAGAAUCUUGUGAGGCUUCUAAGAGUGGCUCUGAGAAACCCCGUUUACUCUCUCCGACCAGCAAUGGACAUGGCAUGUCUUGCGAGGUUGUGCCAGACUCGAACAAGCAACCUGUGGAUGGUGUCCACUAGUCGAAUAGGCGAGACUGGACAAGCCUGACUCUGCUCUUGGUACUUGGAUUUGUGAUAUAUACUGAUUAACUUUCCAAUUCUUUCCCGCUAGCCGAAUUUUGUAACUGGGUGUGGCUGUUCGCCGUGCAUAUAUGUACGGUGAUGCCUGAGGUGAUGCCGGGAUGAUGGGAACUUGCUAACCGGUAUAGGUAACAUUCUUAUUUAACUAGAUUUCUUCCUGCUCCUGCCUUAGUCAGUUAACCAGGAGGGGCUCGCGUGAAGGAGCUUAGGUACUGUAGUGAACUUUCUGAUGCCCAAUGGUGCUCACCGAGGGAGCUUUACAAGGACCAUGUUCAUGGAAGGGACAACGAGGGCGUUUUGAUUCCGGAGUGUGAAAAAGAUUCGUGUUUUUUCACAAAGUUCGAGUUUUUCGAGCCAUUGAUGGAUGUUAAUAUCAUCCCAUGCGCACCUGUAUAUAAGAGCAAGACGCUGAAGUUUAGCUUUUUGGUUGCUUCUAGUGCUGUGCUUGUAGUUAUAGACACAGUGGCUGCUUGGCUCAUGCAUUUUGAGUUUUGGAUGCAGCCUGUUUACUGUACAUAGUGAAUUUUAAGAGGGGCAGUGCCCGUUACAGAUGUCA